CGAAGGCUACGACAAAUAGCGAAGGGCAAAGCCGCCGACGCCAGCACAUCCCUCCUCCUCCUCCCCUCACCACCUCCCAUCUCCCCCUCCCAAUCCACCGCACCGCCGCCGCAGCCGCUCGCGGAGUCUCCUCGACGAGGAGGAGAAGGGGGGCGGGAGGGAAGGGAAGAGAAGGGGAGGAAGCCCUAAUCAGCCCGAUCUCGAGCUUUCCCCGUCCGUUCGUUCAUUCCUUUUCGAUUUCGCCCUGAACAGAGAGAGGGGUUUCCGCCUUCCGCGUCCUCUAGAUCGGAUCGAUUUGCUUGUUUGGUUUGUAGCCAUGGGGUCGAGGCGAUCGAGGCGCGUCUCGUGGGCCACCGGAGCCAAUCUCUGCAAGGUACGGCUUUUUAUCUCAGAGGAUUCCCCUUCUCAAGCUGGAUUAAGGCCACAAGACAACCUCCAAGCAAAAGGCUCAUGGUUAAUGCAUGCAGCUGGGCCAAAUUCGGAUGAUUCCCUGCCUCCAGGUUUUGAGUCACCGCAGCCAACCAAUGACCUCAAGAUUGACACAUCUCAGAUCCCUCUUAUUAGAUGGAAAUGCCCAUCACAUAUAUUGUUGAACCCAGGUUGGCACAUUGUUGCUGGAGAAGAAAGCAAGGAGAUUGCUAUACAGAAUGAGAGAAAUUUUGGAGCUCUUGAGGCUAUUUAUCCUCGUGCAUCGAACAUUCCUCCAAACCCAUUUGUUUCUCCUGAUGUGAAAGACUCCAGUUAUGAUGAUUCCCGAACCCCAUUGGUUCCUUUGAUACCGGUUGAGGAGGAUGAUGCUUCAGAUCAACUGGAAGAACCAACAGUUGAUCAACCAAGCAAUUACCAUAAGUAUGACCCUGCGAAAAUCAAUGCAUCGCAGGUUUCAAAUGCCCCAGUAACUGCUAUACAACAGCAGCCAUGUGGACCCACUGGUGCAUUAAGUUCUGGUCUCUCCGCUGAACCUGAUGUGUUGGCUGCAGCCUCUGCCGCAUACACUGCAAUAAUGCAAAGCAACAAACAGGGAAGUUUGGUUGAUCAUGAUCUACUUGUCAAAAUACUAAGUGAUCCUGCACAAGUUGAGAGGCUAACGAAAGAAUAUAGCCAAAUUAGGCAUGAACAAUCUACUAGUAGUUCUGUGGUUGCCCCAAUGCCACCAGGCCCACCACCCCAAAUGACAGUUAGUGCUCCUGCCUCAUUUUCAAAUCAUAUGGCAACCUUUCAGAACACAAAUCCUGCUCCUCCACCACUGGCUCCAGUUCCAGUGAUGAAUAGACUGCCUCAAGGAUUUCCUUCAGUUGCCAUGAACCUUCCACCAAGUCCAAGCCCUGCUAUGAGUUUUGCAAAUGCCCCAGUGAGACCUAUGAACUAUUACAAAACCCUCAUCCAUCAGCAUGGAGGGGAGAGGCAGGAACCGCUUGAAAAACAACAGUUUGGAAUGUACCACCAAUCUGCUCCUCCUCAAACUGGUACUAUUAAUAAUGGUAUGAACGGUGCGUCUAUGGUGAGCAGAGAUACCAAAUCGAGGCCAAUGAAACUUUGUGCUUACUUCAACGGCCCGAGGGGUUGUCGUAACGGAGCUAAUUGCGCGUUUCUACAUGACGCGUCAGCCACAUCGAGGCAAGAGCAGCAAAAGGGGUCAAAAAGGAUAAAGUUAGACAACGGAAUAGUUGGUCGAAAUUGAGCUGUGGCUGCUAUGCAAGUUUUUGACUGUUCUUUGGUUCAAUGUCUUCACAUGUUUCAGUAAAUAUUGCGCCACCAGCUUCCUGUUCUCUUUUACUUCCAGUAGCCUCCUCUCUUAGCUUGGUCAAGGAAAAGAUGUGCUGAAAGAAAGCCAAACCAUACCAUGGUUGAUUGGAGCUCAGAUUUUUUACUGAAUCAUUCUAGUCUGCUCUCUGAAGCAAUUAAUCAUGCUUGAAACUAAAGGAAAAGAUGUUCUGAAAGAAGGCUAGUUAAUUUUAUGAUAUUUACAUCAGGAUACUCGUUUUUUUAAUAUGUGAAACUGUAGUACUGCAUACAAAAAAAAGACCCAUUGGACCAUUAAUUCCUUAUUGUGAUAAACUAAUCACUCUAUGCAUAAGGUGGGGUAACUUCAAUGGCCGGUGAUUUA